AUGCAGAAGCAAGAAAAAAGACGCGAAUUGCGUUUGAAACGAUUUUGGCGUUCGCCCAAAACAACAUCAUCCGAGGAUUCUACUGGCUAUGAGAGCCCCACACGUACCAAGCCCGCAAACGAUGCGCAACGCUUCAAUCAUUUGCAUUACACCAGCUUAGCGCAGAGUGCGCCGGGGGGACCGGAAAAUGGCAGUGCCUACAGCAAGCCGACGUGUUCGCUGCCGCUGCUGCAAGUGUGGCCUAGUCAGCCACUUUUACGACAGGAGGGCUUCGUGCAGUUGCGACGAAACAGCGGCCCUGAAGGCCAACGGGAUUCCCCGCGUGGCGAGGCGGAUGGUCAGUCCUUCGUCUUCCCUGUCAUUGCUGAGACGAGUACCAGCAGCAGCAGCGGCGCCGGCAGCAGCAGUACGACUGGUGACAGCGGCGGCGCAUGCAGCUCCACCACCACUACCACAACAAGUGGCACUUCUGGCAUAUGCAACAAUCACAACAAUAGCACUAACCUAAAUCACAACAGCAACAAUGGCAAUCAUUUAACGCUCAGCAGUUCCGUCAUAGGCGAACGGCGUCGCAGCUCGCUUUACUGUGAUACUUUGCAUGCGGGCGACUCUGGCAUUGACUCGGUGCAGGCGUCGCCCUCGCCAAACGCACUGCCGCCGCCACCAGGUGUUUCGCUGCUCGGUGGCAGUCUAGGCAUUGGCAGCAGCUCCUGCAACGUUUCCCCCGCCACAACACCUACACAGGGCUCGCCAAAUCUUUCACUGGGUGGUGCGCGUGCAGGCGCACGUGCCAGCAUCAGUAUCGGUGCGGCGAAUUAUCGACGCAAAUCAAGCGCGCUACUGCAUCCCGAUCACGCGCGUCUGUUUGCGUUGCGCAUGAAACAUGCCGCCGCACUGGAACGCGCACAAACUUCGCCAGAUCAAACAUCCAUCGAAGACGCAACCGAGUUCCAUGACAAUGGACUUGCGACAAAUAUGCGUCUUUGCUCUGCGUCCUCGUCGACGACGUCGUCGCUGACCUCCGUUGCAGCGGUCAGCUUAGGCGGUGGGGUAGGAGCAAUCGGUGCUGCCGGCUCCUCCUCAUCCUCCGCCGUGGCUGUGGCAGCAUGUCUGGCUGCCGGCGCUGGUGCGGGUUCACAGCAGCGCGUCUCCGACCCAUGGCUGCAGCCGCAAUCGGAUCGUGAACGUGAUUCGCGGUACGAACGACGUCGUUCCUCGACAAUGACGGCGCGCUACUCACUUUUCGACGCACUGGAUCUCGAGUAUGUGCUGCUGCGUGCCGCUGCGCGUGGCUCGGUCGGUCCUUACUCGCUAAGUGAAUCCAUACACAAGCUGACAUUUACACAAUCGCUGGCAUUUCCGGCACUCGCGCGCGGUCUUGCCACAAAACGUAGACGUUCGCAUACGCGCACCAGUUCGCGUCCGUUAAAUCCAAACGAAUCGGGCCUGAAUACGUGCGCGAAAGUUAUUACUGCGAUAAUUUUGGUGGGCAUCUCGUUCAUGGUGUUUCUGAUUGUAUAUAAAUUUGUGCGGACGUGAGGCUUACUCCUGGC